GACUUGAGGAGGGUGCACGGCCUCACAUUAGUGACAGAGGCCAGCAGUGACCAUGGCAACAAGUUCAAGCCACAACAAGAAGGGUUUUGUCCUAAUGGGCAGAUACUUCAAGCUCUGCUGCCACUGGACAGCUUUUUCUUUUCUGUCUCUCUCUCUUUGGCUGUCUGACUCACAUACAUAUGUACAUACACACUCAGGCUUUUUUCUCCAUGGUGUCCCUGCAUGGGGGAGUGUUUACAGAAUGUUAUCUUUAUCUGCGCUGGCUUCUCAUCCCUCCUGAGAGGGUUUGGGUGGAAUGCUGGAACAGGAUGGAGGAGUUCCAAAGGGGGAGUGACGACAGAAGGAGCGAGAGCCAUGUAGACACAGAGAGAGAGUGAGAGCUUAGGCGUUCAUCGUGGGGAGGCUGGCGCUCACAGGCACUGCUGGACUCCACCAUUACUGAACACAUUUUUGCAAAAUAAGGCAUCAUCAAAAGCUCUGUAUUUGGAAAUCAAAUUAGUUGCUGCAACAAACUAAACCCAAAGAUGGCCACCGUCGCAGACUGGAUUGUAAAGAACAGGGACAAGAUCGAGAAGGGCGUAGAGAUUAUGGGGCAGGCUGCAGAGGUGCUGGCGUCCACUGUGGGCCAGCUUCACCCCAUCCUGGAGGCGGUGUUCGUGGCCUCGGCAGAGCUGCUGAGCAACCCAGAGGGCAGAGAAGCUCGCUACCUGACGGAGCAGUUUGAAAUGGUCAAUCAGAAACUUGAGGGAAUUCAAGAUGAAAUCGACAAGAUUGCCCUGGAGCUGCAGAAGACAUCCUUGAACAAGCAGAACUUUGAUCAGGAGGCUCAGAUGAUUAGCCAGUAUGAAAAGUUCCAGGAGUUUGUUAAUGCUAAGCCAAAGUUCAGAGAGAAGAAGAAGGAGAAGUUUCUCAAACAAUAUGAGAAUACUGAUGGGGACCUGAACUUGGAGGCCCUGUACAAUGCUUUCACCGGGGAGAACAUGUCAGGAGACCCGAUGCUGGACACUGUAGUUGCCACAGAGCAGAGAAGCAGAAGGGCAGUCGAAGACUUCUGUGCUCGACUGAAAAAGCUUUUUGUGAUUGGAAUCAUUGCCGUCAUGGGCUACGCCGCCCUUACAGAGGGAAACGUCGAGGAGGAAAUGGUGAAAAAGUGGCAAACUCGUAUGGAGGAUGUGGAAAAACGGAUGAAAGCAGCUGUAGACGACUGCACGGAAAACUUUGCAGAACAAGCCAAAGUAGACAUGGAGCACCUGCUUCUGGAGAAUCCCGGUACAGUUGAUAAGGACUUCACCAACUCUCUCUUGGAGUCACUCAUGAAGAAAUAUGACUGGGUGAGCUGGUCUGUCAGGGUCUUCAAAAACAGGGAGAGCAUUUUCUUUUUCAACUGGCUGGCAGGAAAGAAGUACCACGGCAGCGGAGGAGCCAAAUGGUUUGACAUUUUGACCAAGAACAAGAUAAAAGUGGUGAUCUCAUUCUGCGUCAACCCCAAGCCCAUCAACAAAGGUCAGAUCCAGGAGCAGAUUGAGCAGCAUAAGCUGAAGGGGAACAUGAUGGCAGUGGCUCUUUCUCUGAAGAAGGAUUUCCCUGACUGCCUGGUCCAUGCCGUCAGCCACUACAAAGCAGUGGUGGAGUCCAACAACUUCAAUGAAGAUUGUUAUUACUUUGGAAAACACAAAAGAGCCCACCUGUUUAUCCAUCCUGAGUAGACAGUCUGAAUAGCAUCAACGUGAGGCUAACAAUCUUUAGGAGCAUAUUCCCUUAAAUUCCUAUUUGUAAGUGUUUGCCGUACAUCUGUCUUUCUUUUGGUGACAUCUAGAAAUCUGAAAACCAACAAUGUGUACCAUUUAUCUUUUUUUUUAGAUAAGUCAAUUGGAUUUAACAAAAUAUAACAGUAACUGCCGACUUUCAUGUCACAUUCUUUCAUACCAUGGUUGAUUUUAAAAUUCUAUGAGAAACUGCUUCACUCAGUGGAUACUUAGACAAUAUUUGUGCACUGGUUUAACGUGGCUUAAUUACUGGUGUGUGCUCCCAAAACUUUAAAAGGCUGAUGUUUUGUAGAAAAUAAGAGUCACAAUUGCUCUAUCUAUGGCUAAAUGUACUAAAGUAAUCCCACCAACAAGUGCAAAUGCAAAAACAGCAAUUUAAACUUUCACAGGGUGCAUUAGUCUAUUGUGUUGAUGGAAACCACAACUUCUUUUCUCCAAAGUUCCUGAAAAACCACAUUUUGUCCCAUUCUGCAUGUCGGGUUUUUCUCGUCUUCAACAAUAGCCAAUUAGCUGAUUAGCUUUGGAAGUGCUACAACUGGUUGUUUCACUUUGUUUCCAUUCUUUCUUUCAACAACCAUGUCAGGAUUCCUUGUUCACACUUAGAAUAAGAAACAUUGAUAUUCAUCUAAUGAUAAAGAAAUUUCACUGAUUUGUUGACAGGGAUUGUCAAAAUGCACGGGUAUUAAAAGCCCCAGAUCUAUAGGAGAUUGAACUGGACCUUUUCAAUGAAACUAUUUAGUCAUUUUGACAUAUUGUAUGGUUAUAUUUGGGUAAACCAAAAUGUAUGACAUGUAUUAACUGUUCAGCUUUGGGGUGCAAUAUGGUUACAAGGGGCAUAAAAGGAAACUAUUUGCAAUCAAACAAUCAUAUAUCAAAAAUGUUUCUGUAUAUUUUACAUUUAUAUGAAAUAAAACAAAUAUUAGAUUUUUGUCA